GCGUUUACCAUCUUGUUGAGGGGGUCUCCCUAUAGGUGACUUUUAUCUUGUUAUUGCCGUGUGACGCCAUAAAGCUGCUCCGCGUUCCUGUUUCUGCAGUCUGUGAAAAAGGUGAUCUAAGCUCCCUCAGCAAUGCACUGAUAGUGAACUAGAGAGCUGAUUGAGAUGGUGUCUAUUAAAGAGGAGAGUGAAGACCUGAAGAUUGAAACGUUUACAGUCAAACAGGAAGAUCCAGAGGAACAAACAGAGCUGAUGGUGCUGAAAGAAGAGACCGAAGACCUCAAUGAACUGGAAGAGAAUCAGUUUGAGAAACACCAAGAUGUAUUGACUGAUGAGAAAUCCACUGAGACGACUUCACCACAUAAAAGAGCUCAGAAAACCAAAUCUAACGAUGAUUUUACCUGCUGUCAAUGUGGGAAAAGCUUUACUCUUAAGCACAACCUUGAAGCCCACAUGAGAAUUCACACCGGAGAGAAGCCUUUCUCGUGCGAUCAGUGUGGAAAGAGUUUCACUCAAAAAUCGAAAAUUAAAGUCCACAUGAGAGUCCACACCAGAGAGAGGCCGUACACGUGUCCCGAGUGUGGAAAGAGUUUCAGGCAAAAGCAGCACCUUAAACUCCACAUCAGAAUUCACACAGGGGAGAAGCCUUUCGCCUGCCAACAGUGUGGGAAUAGUUUCACUCAAAUACAAGCCCUUCAAAACCACAUGGGCAUUCACACUAGAGAGAAGCCUUACAUUUGCACACAGUGUGGUAAAAACUUUAAAUGUAAAAGCUACCUUGAUUCUCACAUCAGGACUCACACCGGAGAGAAGCCGUAUAAAUGUGGCCAGUGUGGAAAGAGUUACAAGCAGCGAGCCAACCUCAGCCAUCACAUGAAAAUUCACACUGGAGAGAAGCCUUUCUCGUGUGAUCAGUGUGGAAAGAGUUUCAGUCAAAAAUCCAAACUUCCAGUCCACAUGAGAGUCCACACCAAAGAGAGGCCUUACACGUGUAUCUACUGUGGAAAGAGUUAUUGCCAAAAACAAUACCUUAAAGUCCACACGAGAAUUCACACAGGAGACAAGCCAUACACGUGUACCGAGUGUGGCAAGAGCUUCCGUCAAAAACAGUACCUUAAAGUUCACAGGAGAAGUCACACAGGAGAGAAGCCGUUUUCCUGCUGCGAAUGUGGGAAACGUUUUCAUCUAAAUCAGUACCUCAAAGCGCACAUGAGAAUUCACACCGGAGAGAGGCCUUUCUCGUGUGAUCAGUGUGAAAAGAGUUUCAGCCACAAGUCGAAACUUGACGUUCACAUGAGAGUUCACACCGGACUGAAGCCUUUCUCAUGCACCGAGUGUGGAAAGAGUUUCUGCCAAAAACAGUAUUUUAAAGUCCACAUGAGAAUUCACACCGGAGAGAAGCCAUUUCACUGCCAACAGUGUGGAAAGGGAUUUAUUCAAUUGCAAUCCCUCAAAAGUCACAUUUCAGUUCACGCUAGAGAGAAACAAUGAGGGAUUUACAUGUUAAGUCAAUGCAAACACGCAAUCCUGCGGGACUUAACUUGGAAAAUCUGUAUACAUUUGCACCGUUUAUCAACUGUGGAGAGGUGAGCGUGAACACCCAAUAAGGGGGGAGAGCAUGCUCGGAGCCCGGCGGCUAAUCAGCAGGUCAAUCGGAAAUGAUAAAUAACACCUGUUUUUCUAGUGAUUGG